GUUGUUUGUUGUUUGGUUUUCAAACCCUCCGUCCCCUUCGACGUUUGUUGAUGCACAUAUGUCUGACUCUGAUUGCUUUGUUUACUUUGGCAUAUUUUCCUGUGGAUUCGUGCACAAAGAACAUGGACAAGAACAAAUUCGAGGAGCUGAAGAGACUUUUCAACCAGCUGUCUUCGGAUGAGAAGAAGAGUAUCAUCAGGGCUGGGUUGUUGGAGGAGCAGGGACAGUCUGAGACCGUAUUGGGUACUAAUAUCACUUCGAAGCUGCUUGAAGAGUCGUUGCCGCAGGUUGAAGAGUUGAGCGAGCUCGGCCGGUCUAAAGGGCUCUAUUUCGGUCAUGAUAUUUCCUUUAGCGUUACAAAGGAGAGGCUGUUGAAAGAGGUGAAGGACUCCUUCCCAUUGGUUCACACGGUACUGACAAGUGAGAUUCCGCAGACCUUUGAGAGGAAGCCGUGGUUGAUUGACCGUUCUGUGUCGAAUGCUGGGCACGAGUUCUUCUACAAGAACGUGGAUCUAAGAGUUAAAGAUUGGCUCGUCGAAUGCGUGAUACCGCAGCACAUCUCUUCGAGAUGGCAAACUUUGAAGAUGACGUCAAAGGAGCUGUUAGAAACUGCUACGAAUUUCCAAACCCCUAGUGAAAUGAUGUCUUUGUUCACCAACGUUAUUGAUGACAUGAGAAUAGUGAGGUCACAUCGCUCUCUGACCGAACGUUUGGAGUAUUUAAAGCGUAUACGGGAUCAGAUCUCAGAACAGUUCACCGACAAUCAAGGAAUGAGACAUCUCGUUGAAUUCCAAUGGAUCUUUGAAUCCUUGAGGGGGUUAGAAUCAAAAACACAAGACGACAUCUUAGCGCUGGUAACGGAAUCUUGGAUGCAGGGCAAAUUACCAGAGCUGGAGGAUGUUCAAAGGUGGAUUACAAGUCAUGCCUUGGACGAUAAUGCAUUACACGUUGAAGACACACCGUUAUACAGGGGCAAGUUCUCAUAUCAACGGUUGGCACAGUUGUGUGAACAAAAGUAUAAUUUUGACAAUAUAACACAAGGAUGUGAAGCAUCUCAGAUCGAAGCACCUCCUGUUGAGUCUCAACUUGAUAUCCACAUUGAAGAUUCAAGUACACCCAAUCAAUCGAUGGAAUCGUCAUCAACGUCAACUGAUGUCCACGAUUUGAAACUACCGAGUUAUGAGGAAGUUACAAGCAAGGGCAAAGUGUCCAAAUGUAAAGAGUGCUAUGGUCUAAGACACUCUUUCCGUAAGCAUAUCCUACCACAUGAAUACCGUCGUACCCAUCUUUUGCAAGUUUAUGGUGAAAAAUUGAUUCCGUCAGGCAGUACUUUAAAACCAGGAACCAACGAAACUCAAAAGCAGAGUUAGACAUUCAGUCCUUUCAUGGAAAUUAACCAUACAACGAAGAUACUUAUGGCUUAAGACUAAAGUACAUGAUAAAAACACUUUACUAUUUAUUAUAUAAUUACUCAGAAUAGUGUGUUUUAGUUUUCUUGCAAUAGGAGAAUACAUGUGUGCAUACAAAAAUAAAUCACUAAUACAUAACAGCUUCCAAGGGAUUGAAAGACACAUUAUUACUGUCAACAGCUGUGUUGGCCCCUUUCCUUCUCAUCAUUAGAUCAAGCUUGGGCCAUUAUACAUCGAGUAUGCAACUUGUUGU